AUGGCCGCCGCGAUCGUGCUCGACCAGCCGGGAAACGUCAGCUACACGAACCUCGACCAGAUUUCCGGCAAAGUCGUGGUGCGGUGUGGCAAGAGUAUCGAUGUCGAGUCGAUUGUGGUGAAGGUUGAGGGCGAGAGUAGGACGAGAUUGUUGGCGCCUCCUGGGCCGUCGGGGGAGAGGGCGAAGCCGCAGUUGGAGUAUCACAAGAUCCUUUACAAGACCCAGGUUGUCUUUCCAAGACCUGACAUCUUGGAGGGUAGCUGGACGACUUCGAAGAACAGCUUUACGCUUCCGCCUGGCAACCAUGAAUACCCCUUCUCCGUCAAGCUGCCUUUCAACAACUCAUGCGCCUCGGACAAGAGCCAGAUGGGCACGAUGAGCAUCUCAGGCAGCGGCAUUGAGGUCUCUAAGCCUCCACAGACUCACGUCAAGAAGACGCUGCCGCCUACCUUGAGCGGUUUCCCGGGCGAAGCUGAAAUCCGAUACUUCGUCAAGGCCACUGUACGGCGAAGCUCGUUCUGGAAGGAGAAUCCAAGAGCGUACGCCCCCUUCAACUUCUUCCCCAUCGAGCCUCCUCGGCCAUCGCCUUCUGGUAACGAGAUCUAUGCGCGGCAGAAGCAUGCGUUCGCGGCGUUUCCUGAAGGGCAGAGCGCCGCUAAGGCGAAGAUGAAGUCUAUCUUCAGCAAGUCGAAAGAACCUCCACUUACCUCCGCUACAAGCAACGAGGCACCGAGCAUAUCCGUCGACGCUCGCCUACCCGAAUCUUCCAUCCUGACUUGCAAUGAUGACAUACCUCUACGGCUAAUAGUCAAGAAACUGAACGACUCCGACGCAGUUGUCAAUCUGCAGUCCCUCGAAGUCUCACUCAUCGGUCAGACCAAGAUCAGAGCGCACGAUCUCCACACGACGGAAAGCAACAGCUGGGUCAUCGUGAGCAGAAGUAACAUGGGGAUGCCUAUUGGGACUGCUUCUGACUCUGCCGGCACGGAAAACGCCAUCGCAGACAAUCUGUGGCGCGGCCAAACCCUACCCAAUACCAUCGCUCCAUCCUUCGAGACUUGUAACAUCUCGCGCAAGUAUCAACUGGAUGUCCGCAUCGGACUCAGCUAUUCCGGAGCCAUGCAGAGCUCAGCCAAGCCCCAAACCAUCAUCCUCCCACUCCGACUCGACGUAACAGUCUUCUCCGGCAUCGCACCGCCCUCCCAACUCCUCGAAGCUAUGGCACAAGCUCGCGUCAACAAGCCCAAGCCUACCAUCAACACCACGACAGCUCUCGAUGAGAAGCUCAAAGUAGAGAAGGGCAAGCGAAAUAGUAUGACGGUACCUGAGACACCAAUGGAAGGGCCGUCGCGUGAUCUGCCUGCUCGGCAAGGCACUGCGGUCCCGCCGCAGCCUCCUGUGUAUGAUGAUGCUCCCCCGAGUUACGAGGACGCCAUUGCGACCGACUUGCCGCCUGUCAAUGUUCCCAGGCCGAACUACGCGCCGCCACCGCCGACUGAGGAUGAUGUGUUACUGAGUGAUGAGAAGAAAGGGCUGAGAGGCAGGAGGGACUCUUGA